AUGGCAGCCAGAUCAGCAGCAUCAGCGGUCUUCCGCACCGCCUUCCGCCCUCGCCACAACCCUCUGCUUUCGUCACGAUUUGCUACUCUGCAGACACGCCUGCUGUCGCAAGAGACCAGACAGGCCAUUGACAAGGCUGUCGAGUCGGCCCCCGUUGUUCUGUUCAUGAAGGGAACCCCCGAGAUGCCUCAGUGCGGUUUCUCAAGAGCAAGCAUCCAGAUCCUCGGCCUGCAGGGUGUCAACCCGGCCAAGUUCACUGCCUUCAACGUUCUCGAGGAUGAGGAGCUCAGAGCAGGAAUCAAGGAGUACUCAGAGUGGCCCACCAUUCCUCAGCUCUAUGUCGAUAAGGAGUUUGUUGGCGGAACCGACAUUCUCAUGUCGAUGCACCAGGACGGCUCGUUGGCCAAGCUGCUAGAGGAGAAGGACGUUUUGGUGCCCGCAGAGUAG